AUGUCUGGACUGUUGCGUUGUGAAUUACAAGAUAAAGACCCAGCCGCAAGUAAGUAUACGUAUUUCGAACACACUUAUUACCUUGUAAUGAUUCAUCACUUGCUCAACGACCAUAUCUCAAUGAAGAAUCGGGAACGAAUCAUCGAUUUUAGCGCUUCUAUCCGGUAUAUGAAGUACAUUUUCCUUUCUUAUCUCUUCUUACAGACUCAUGAACUAAUAAUUAUCUCUUUCUUUCCGGCUGUCUUUCUUGGUCUUCUCUUGAUUUCUCAGUCUGUUCAUAUCUAUCUAUCUAUCUAUCUAUCUAUCUAUCUAUCUAUCUAUCUAUCUCAUCUCAGUCUGUUCAUAUCUAUCCAUCUAUCUAUCUAUCUAUCUAUCUAUCUAUCUAUCUAUCUAUUUAUCUAUCUAUCUAUCUAUCUAUCUAUCUCAUCUCAGUCUGUUUAUAUCUAUGUACCUAUCUAUCUAUCUCAUCUCAGUCUGUUCGUAUCUAUCUAUCUAUCUAUCUAUCUAUCUAUCUAUCUAUCUAUCUAUCUAUCUAUCUAUCUCAUCUCAGUCUGUUCAUAUCCAUCCAUCUAUCUAUCCAUCUAUCUAUCCAUCCAUCUAUCCCCAUCUCAGUCUGUUCAUAUCUAUCUAUCUAUCUAUCUAUCCAUCCAUCCAUCUAUCUAUCUCAUCUCAGUCUGUUCAUAUCUAUCCAUCUAUCCAUCUAUCUAUCUAUCUCAGUCUGUUUUAUAUCUAUGUACCCAUCUAUCUAUCUCAUCUCAGUCUGUUCACAUCCAUUCAUCUAUCUAUCUAUCUAUCUCAUCUCAGUCUGUUCAUAUCUAUCUAUCUAUCUAUCUAUCUAUCUCAUCUCAGUCUGUUCAUAUCUAUCUAUCUAUCUAUCUAUCUAUCUAUCUCAUCUCAGUCUGUUCAUAUCUAUCUAUCUAUCUAUCUAUCUAUCUAUCUAUCUAUCUAUCUCAAUCUGUUUAUAUCUAUGUACCUAUCUAUCUAUCUCAUCUCAGUCUGUUCAUAUCUAUCUAUCUAUCUAUCUAUCUAUCUCAUCCCAGUCUGUUCAUAUCUAUCUAUCUAUCUAUCUAUCUAUCUAUCUAUCUAUCUAUCUAUCUAUCUAUCUAUCUUAGUCUGUUUAUAUCUAUGUACCUAUCUAUCUAUUUUGUUCAUAUCUCUCUAUCUGUCUCUUCAUAUCUGUAUGUCUGUUUAUCUAUCUAUAUACUUAUUUCAAUCUCUUGCUUUCUAUCUCAGUCUAUCUAUCUAUCUAUCUAUCUAUCUAUCUAUCUAUCUAUCUAUUUCAAUUUCUUGCUUUCUAUCUAUCUAUCUAUCUAUCGAUAUAUAUAUAUAUAUAUAUAUAUAUAUAUAUAUAUAUAUAUAUAUAUAUAUCAGUCUGUUCAUAUCUGUCUGUCUAUCUAUCUAUCUAUCUGUUUCAAUCUCUUGCUUUCUAUCUCAGUCUAUCUAUCUAUCUAUCUAUCUAUCUAUCUAUCUAUCUAUCUAUCUAUCUAUGUCGCUUCAUCUGUGGGUAUGUAUUUGUCCUAG